AUGGCUACCACAAUGUGCCAGUGCCUGGGCUUCACCGUUGCUUCCCUGGGCUUUGCUGGGACAAUUGUAGCCACUGCCUUGAACAUGUGGAGCACUCAGGAUCUGGGUCAGGACCUGGUGACUAGUGUGUACAACUACAUGGGGCUGUGGAAAACCUGCGUACAACAGUCAUCAGGCUUCACAGAAUGUCGCCCCUUCUUUACCGUCUUAGGGCUUCCAGCUAUGUUCCAAGCCGUCCGAGCUCUGAUGGUCGUCUCCGUCGUUCUCUCACUGAUCGCUUCUCUGGUCUCCAUCUUGGCCCUCAAGUGCAUUCGACUGGGAACCAUGGACGAUAGUGCAAAGGCCAAUCUCACACUCACUUCUGGAAUCCUGUUCAUCAUCGCAGGGAUUUGCUGUAUAGCCGGAGUAUCAAUCUACGCCAAUAGUUUGGUGACAAACUUCUGGAUGAUGAACACAUCAAUGCUUGGAGCUCAAGGACCAGCUAGGCAGAGAUACACGUUUGGUUCUGCCUUGUUUGUGGGAUGGGUCUCAGGAGGCCUGCUCCUUGUUGGUGGAAUCGUGAUGUGCAUUGCCUGUAAAGGGAUGGUACCCGAAGAGACUCGGUACAAUUCCACCAUUUACAAAGCGCCAAGCCGAGGACAUCCCUACAAGCCUGGCUACAAAAGCAGCACCCACUACGAAGCAGAAAUGACCCCAGUAAAGAGGACCUACACUGACGACAGAUCCACCUACAACCGCAACACCAAUGAGGAAACGAAACAGGGGAAAUACGAUUAUGUAUAAAUCUGAUGGUUUCAUCGUAACCCUGGGGCGAGAGUCUGAAAGGCAACCAUCUCUACAGGGUUCUAAUGUUAAUUCCCAGAUUCAACUUUCAUCCCUCCUCCUUACCUCAUCACACUGCAUGUGCUUAAAUGCCUAUAAUGUACCAAGUGUCACAAUACCUUCCUUCAGUUGAUUCAGGUGGCUGGCUAGCCCAGUUACGAUACACCACCACUCACAGACUGAACAGCCAGGCUGCACAAUGAGGACAAUUCAUCUCCAGCCAGUCUGCUUCCCCACUGAAGUUGAACAUCAACUCAAAGAUACUUUGAAAGAAACUAGAGUUUAAAUUCAUCUUUAACCAAUGAACCCCUAGGAUGGAUUACAGCACAUUAAGGUUCCCACAUAAACCACGAUAUAGAAGCUAAAGGUUAGGUAAAACUCUUCACCCGGAGAAUAAGAACAUGGUUACCAUGGUUGCUGAAUAGAUUCAAGAUACAAAUAGACAUGUUUCCUGAGAAACAAGGUGAAAGAUAGGUUUAGGUUAAUCUGGCCUCAUGGUUGGCACAGAAAUCGCGGGCCAAAGGGUCUGGCCUGUUCCUGUGCUGGACUGCCUCAUGUUCUACAAAACAUGCUGCAAAGCAAAUGUUGUGGAUAAUGCAUCCUGGAGUAUUAUUGGAUAAAAUAAGCCUUUCCUCUUCCUUAUCCUGAUGGCAUGAUGUCAUGAGUUCUGUGGAACAUGAAUGGUUGUCCCACACCGAUUAAUACCCAGUCACCGGUAGGGAAGUGCAGCCAAAUAUCAAGUGAUCUUUAUCCAGCUUCAAUAACUUUCCAAUAUAAUAUUCUUGAUUUUGGGCUAGAGAGUUGAACUUGCCAUGUGCUCCUGUAUUUUCCAUCUUUUCAAAAUUGUCCUCCUAUUCCAUUCAUUUCAUGUUAUCAGCUGUAUCUUCCAAUCUCUUCACUUCAAUCCCCAGUCCCCAAAUCCCAUCCGAUGUUGCCUUUCGACUCUCCACCUUCUGGUGCAACUUAAUUUCCUCCUUAUACAUUCCCUUCUGUCUUUUUUAUUGUACAAAUUACUGAAGGAACAUUUUUUAGCCUGAAUGAGUAACAAUAGUAUAAAGAAAAAAAGAGACAAUGGCGAACGAGAUGUCUUGGGGUCAACAGAGGAUGCAAAGGAAUAAGGACAACGAUUACAAUGAAAUAUCCAGUGAGAAGAGCAGUUUAACCUUCGAAGUUAAAAUUUUUUGGUUCUUUUGAUAAUUCUGGAGUUCUAAGAGGACCUCAAUGUACAGUAGUAGGCAUUGCUUAACACCAGAACUCAUCCACAUAUCUUUGUGUUUUACUUUUUUCAAAAUCACUUUACAAUUUAAUACUGUACUUUUAGAAAAUUGAGUAUUUUCUUGUCUCAGCCCUGGGAUCAUUUGGGUGAAUGCUGUGUGUGUGCUUUUUUUUUAAUGUAAACUAUGAUACUGAAUACUUGUUUUAUUUUAAAAUUCAUAAAUAUUUUUGAGUGCACAAGUAAUAUUAGUGGUAGCUCAAUGGUUAAGAUACCAGAUUAGUGAAGCAGAAAACUGAACUUUUCUCCUUAUCGAUGCUGCCUGGCCUGCUGUGUUCUGCCAGCAUUUUGUGUGUGUUGUUACAAUUGGGGUAACUCAAUUCACUUCCUGCCCUGGCUGUUGUGCAACUUAAAUACAGUUUUUAACCUGGA